AUGGCCGACAUGUCCCAAAGAACCCAGCAGGCUGUUGACACUGCCAGGGAGACGGUCAUGGCCGGUGCCGCCGAGGCCGGGCGCGUUGGGCGCCGCAUCGUCAAGAUGAUUUGGGAUCCACAACCCAUUAACGACCGCACCGCCAACAGACCCGUCUGGUGUCUGGGCUGUUCCUAUGCCCACGAACCUGCCGCCCGCAAGGAAUCCGCCUCGGGGGCCACAGCUUCCUCCGAGGCCACGCCGCCAACAACACCAUCGGCCACCGCAUCGCGCGCAGCCGCAGAUGCCGCCCCCGAAACCCCUCCCGAUUCGAAUUCCAGCAGCGUCUCAUCCUCGCUGGCUUAUGAACCCUCGGCCGAAGACAAGGGAUGGCCUUCCUCUUUCAUGGACGACUUCGAGUCCCGAAUAUGGAUGACCUACCGCUCUAACUUCGAACCUAUUGCCAGGUCCUCGGACCCAAAGGCCGCUGCUUCUCUUUCUUUCGCCAUGCGGCUCAAGACUCUCGCCGACCAGAAUGGAUUCACCUCCGACACGGGCUGGGGGUGUAUGAUACGCUCGGGGCAGAGCCUGUUGGCCAACACUCUGUUGAUCUGCCAGCUUGGCCGCGGUUGGCGUCGAGGUACGGCUGAUCGUGAGGAGCGCCAACUCCUGGCUCGCUUCGCAGACGACCCGCGGGCCCCUUAUUCCAUCCACAACUUCGUAAGACACGGCGCUGUGGCCUGCGGGAAAUACCCAGGAGAGUGGUUCGGGCCAUCAGCGACGGCCCGGUGCAUCCAGGCUCUGGCCAGCUCAAACGAGACAUCGCUGCGCGUCUAUUCAACAGGUGACCUGCCUGAUGUCUAUGAGGAUAGCUUCAUGGCAAUCGCGAAACCCGACGGCGAGACUUUUCAUCCAACCUUGAUACUCGUAGGCACACGGUUGGGGAUCGACAAGAUCAACCAAGUCUAUUGGGAGUCACUGACCGCCACGCUCCAGCUGACGCAGUCUGUCGGCAUUGCUGGCGGCCGCCCAUCACAGUCACACUACUUCGUCGGUGCGCAACAGUCAGGCGACAAUUCAGAGCCCGGGUCCUACCUUUUCUACCUCGAUCCACACUUCACCCGGCCUGCCCUCCCGUUCCAUGAGGACGUCAACAAGUACUCAAAGGACGACAUUGACUCGUGCCAUACGAAACGGCUCCGUAGAUUGCAUGUGCGCGAGAUGGAUCCCAGCAUGUUAAUUGGGUUCCUGAUCAGAGACGAGGACGACUGGGACACAUGGAAAGACUCGGUAAAAUAUGUCCAGGGCAAAGCCGUCAUUCGGGUCUCCGAACAUGAUCCCGCACGAGGGCCCCCUAUAGAGAGGGAGGGCGCCAUUGACGAAGUUGAGACGCUGAGUGAUGACGAUGACGAUGAUUCCGUCGUUAAUGCGUGA